GUGACCCGUGCUGACCCGGAUGUUAAUUUCACACGGGAAGACAUUUUCCGGGUCGGGAGAGUAAGGAAUUUUUUAGUAUCUUCCGCAGGUUAUAUUCAUUUUUAUAACACUAUCAUACUCCCGGAUACAUCGUUUUAGACGUUGUUCAUCUUUCAUGACAUAACUUUCACCUGCGUGUUGGCAUCAGAAAAGCGCGAACAUGUCUCAGGAAUUGCAUCAGUCAGCCGUGGCCGCCACCCAGCCCAGCGUCCCACAAAAUGACGUACAGAAAGCCGGUGCCAGUAAGACUCCUAUCCAGAUCCUGAACGAGUACGGGACUAAAAGUGGCAAAAUCCCCGCCUAUGUGCUGGAGAAAGCCGAAGGGGAGGUCCACCAGCCCAACUUUGUCUUUAGUGUAACCGUGGGAGACGUCAGCUGCAAAGGGGAAGGAUCCAGUAAGAAGGCUGCCAAACACAUGGCUGCUGAGGGUGCACUGCACAUACUUCAGGAGGACAUCGCAGCAGCGAGUGCUGUGGUGAAGCCUGACAAUGACGCAGUAGAAACAACCCCCAACGCAGUGGGCACACUGCAGGAGCUGGCCUUGCUGAGAGGCUGGCGUCUGCCCGAGUACAUCGUCUUAAAGGAGGCCGGCCCACUGCACAGGCGAGAAUUCACCGUCACCUGUAGACUGGUGUGUCUGUCAGAGACAGCGGUAGGAAGCUCCAAAAAAGCAGCAAAGAAGGCGGCCGCAGAGAAAAUGGUGGAGAAGCUUAAAGCUCUGUCGGGCUCCUCAGAAAUCACAUGGACUCCUAAACCCAGAGUGCACUUGGAGAACCUCAGGAACUCGUCAGAAGAGAAGAUCUCUGCACUGAGGAGGAACCCGCUGAGCAUUCCCAACACAGACUACAUCCAGCUGAUGUCCGAGCUGUCUCUGGAGCAGAGCUUUGAUGUGGCCUACUUGGAUAUCGAUGAGCUGACGGCCAAUGGGCAGUACCAGUGCCUGGCAGAGCUGUCCACCUCUCCUGUCACCGUGUGUCACGGCACUGGGAUCUCCCACAGCAACGCUCACAACGCCGCCGCACACAGCGCCCUGCAGUACAUCAAGAUCAUCGCCUCCAACAAGUAAAAACUACCGUCUUUAACCUGUUUUCCGGCCUUUGUACUCCUGUAUUUGUAACCCAAUUUAGACUGCAUUCUUGACUUCAUUGUGUUUUACUUAUUAUUUUCAUAUUCAUAUGUGUGUAUGACAAGGCACUUAGGGGCAGCUUUUAAGUUCUGGUAGGAUAUUAAACCCAGUCAGAAAAUAAAAUAAACUGAAUAUAUCCGUCAGCAUUAUCGUCGCGUGCUGGUUCAUUCCGCAAAGAAAGAAAGAAAAGAAGGAGAUUUGGAAUGGUUCACCAAGAGGAAUUACAGCAGUGCCUCAACUUAAGAGUGUUUUGAGAUAAGAGCUGUCUUUUGACUAAAUGUAGUGUUUUAAGUCGCAGGCAAACAUUUUAGUGACAAGCAGCCCUGUGGCGUAGAAAAUGUCAAAUUAUACCCUGGAAGAUCAGAACAAAACGUUUGGUUUUACUUGCUCGCAUUAACUUACAGUUAAGGAUAGACAUAACUUUGUUUCCCAAGCACGGGAAGGAAGAAAGUUGGUGUGAAGGAAAAGUGGAUGAUAUUCAUUGAAUUCAAAAAAAGAAAGAAAUCAUCAAAAACAUGCCUGAGCGUAUCACUGCUGGUCUGAUCCGUACUGAAGCAGAAUGAGUCAAUCACCUCAGUAUAUGGCGGACAUUUAUCUAUGAGACUAUGGAGAAGCUGCUGAUGUCGUCCAUCCAUCUUCAACCGCUUAUCCUGAAUGGGGUCGCGGGGACAGCAGCUCCAGCAGAGACCCCCAGACUUCCCUCUCCAGAGCAACAUUAGCAACUUCCUCCUGGGGGAUCCUGAAGCGUUCCCAGACCAGAGAGGAGAUGUAAUCCCCCCCAUCCGGUCCUUGGCCUGCCCCGGGGUCUCCUCCCAGUGGGCGGAUGUUGUGUUUGACAUAAAAGAAGCUGGAAGGAGUCCACUCCCCAAAGUAAAUGCUGUACGUUAUUGUUACAUUACUUAAUAAAACUACUGUAGUUGAUUGUA